AUGGGAAUUCAUAAUGGAUUUGUACAGACCAUCAACUGUCGCAACUGUGUCAAGGUAAAUCCGGAAGCUGUAUCCCUUCUGGCAUCUGGUUUUCUUUACCCUACGGAUGUCGAUCUGCCGAGUGAAAUACUGCGCCCCCAUUUGGCUCGUGGGAUUGCACCGCGUGACCGUGCCACCUAUCCACCCGAUGCAAAUUCCCUAACUUAUCUAAUUCCAAACAGUGCCGAUUCACCGGAUUUAGACGAAUCGUCUCAAACCAAUGAACUCCCGCCUGACUGGGAACACAUAACUACAGAGGAACGGAAGGCGUUAGAUGAGGCCAGGCAAAGUUCACGAAAGCUGCCGUUGCGUAUGUACACCCCCGGUAGACCGCAUCCGAAUGAAGUUUUCUUUUUCAAGGAGACUGAUAAGCGCGAAUUGCUCGAUGAAUUACGAUCCGAGGUGCCUAGUUUUGGUGGCUCGUUCGGUCGUCUGCCGGAGCCGUAUGACAGCCUGUCUCGCAAAUGGUUCUCGGAUCAUCGGAGACGGCAACCAAGACCCCGUGUGCAACAGCCACCAAAACGUUGGCGUUAG